AUGUCACAGCCAUGCCUCCCAAUUCCUCGCAACCACCCUAAUCGAAAACGCCGUCGGCAUAAUUCUUCGAAAGAGGAUGCCGCUAGCAAUGAUUCCACACCUGCUGCAACCUUUGACAAUAUUGAAACCAUGGAUGCCACCGAGUAUCUCUUUCGGGUGGUCCAACAAGCCAAGGGUUUGCCCGAAAUCUUUGUAGCGGGAGAGGAUAAUGAGAAUUUCAAGAAUGCACCAGCUUUCGAUCCAGAUUUUGUGCCCAUUGAUGGUUCGGCGGCUAGUCUUUCCUAUCUGCUCAGCAAACGGACGCAGUUGCUGCCACCGCCCUCGAUACAUCAUUUGCCCCAAGAUUGCAAUCGUUGGAUGGACAAAAGCAUUGCUAAUUUUGAAAGCUUGCGACGUUAUUUAAGUACUUGUAAAGAAGAAGGGAUCGGGGGUAAAAAGACAAAACGUUUGGCCUUUCCGGCCAUGAAAGAUCAAGAUGGGUGGCUGGCCUUUUGCCUUGGUCGAAAUUGGAAUGGGCAAGGACAGAGCGAUGUUAAUGAUGCUACUAGUAGUAACAUGGUGGACAACGAGACAACUGCAUCCGAGUCGACUGCAACAGAAAAUUCAAUACCGUUGUGGAAACGGGACAUACCGGAAAAGGGCCACGAUCCAUGGGUCCGAAUCGUUCUUCAAAUAGAUCAAGUCUUGUUGCGACGAGUCCUUUCGCAUGUGGGACAUUUUCUUUGCAAUGAUUUAGAUGAUGAGGAUGAUGAUAAGAAAGAUGCAGCAAGACAUUCGCACGCCUUGAAAUGGAUGUAUUCCCUCUUGGCCCGUUUGGAUUUUCCCAUUCAUCGAGAUGAUGCUUCCGUACUCUAUCAAUUGCUGAAGGCGCUGACACGAGCCAGAUCGUGCUUGGUACUCCCACCGCCAGCCGAAACGAAUACAACGAAUACAACGAAUACCCCAUCGACGUCAAACAACAGUGAAGAAUUGCGGACACGAUUGGCCCAAUGGAAUCUCCUGAUUGUCGUUAUUGGAGUCUUCUUUGAACAAGGUGGUGCUGCGGCCAACCUCAUGACUUGCGUGUGA